CGCCCACAUGCUGUAAUGGCAGCCCUCCAGUCGAUACCACGCUUCCUUGUCCCGCGGGGGCCUCUCCUCGUGCGUCCACAGCCUCGCGGGCUCCUCCAGCUGCCCGCGCCCGCGCCCCACCGCCGCCAUGCCUCGUCCAUUACCCCAAAAGGCCUGUCAGAGGAAUUCCGGCGGCGACGAGAAGCCCAGCAGAGCAGAGGGACGCCCGUGAUACCCCAGCCCGACCAGUACCGGCCGCCGUCCCACAGCAAGCGCGCCCCCAACCGGCAAUUGGAGAACCGCGUCUACGGAGCGCCCUUGUCGGAAGAAGACCGCAAGCGCAUGGCGACGAAGAAAUAUCCAAACAUGAUGAGUCCCGAGGGCACCUUUUCGCAUUGGUUCUUGCACAACCGCGCCAUCCACCUGUGGAUCACAAUGGGCAUCCUCGUGUCGCUUGCUGUAGCAGCAUGGUACAUGGACUUUAUCUCCAAGACGGUCUUCGCACACCUCCUGCCCACGCGCAAGGACUUUGUACACCACCCGAUUGAAUCGACGUCGCGCUUCAUCGACGUGUACAAGAUGCACAUAGAACACACGUCGCAGGAGUACCAGCAGCAGCGCCUGAAGAAGGCCGAGGAGAUUGAGAAGAGGAAGCAGUACAGGCUGGAGAGGCAGCGCAAGGCCGAGGAGAGGGGCGAGGAGUAUGUCGAGGACCCCAGGUAUUACAUUGGGGAGGACGGCAUCCGAAGGAGGAGGGUGAAGAGGUGGUUUGGAAUCUGGGAGUGAGUGCCAUGCUUGCCAUGCUUGCCAUGUCUUCUGGCACGGCAUGAAUGCGUCAACUUGAGUGGUGGUGGAGCACUGCGCCGCGUCAGUGGCUGAGGAGGGGGAUAUAGUGUCGUACCGAUACGAGACAAGAGUGGCUGAAACAGUCGACACAGCGUCGAAUUGCAGUUGGUGAGUAAACCAUGAGCAGCUCCAUAUCGGGCCAUGUACAUUAAGCCAUGUACAUUAAGCCAUGUAAGAUAUUGAUAUCACGCCAAUGGGUCCGAAUGCAGAAGCUGG